AGUACCUUGUGUAGCAUCCUCAUCUCCACAGCGUUGUGUCCUCCUUUCAAGAAGACAUACGUGAAGAAGUGCCAUCUUUGUUCUUUUGGGACCCAUCCUGACCUCACUGGUUAUCCGCCAUGUCUUUUGCAUUUAUUGGCUCGGUGAUGCUUCUCAGUUCUUCUGUGGUGGUUGCUUUCGUCUUGCAUCCAUCCAACGAGGAGCCUGCAGCCUCUGCUAAUUCCCCGUUUUCCCAUCAAAGGUGCCAGGAUCAGUCACUGCAGUCUAUCAGGAAGAAUCUCCUGAGGGCUCUCAACAUGCAGACCGAGCCACAGCUGCCUGCUGGUGUGAUAGACGGUGUCCGUGAGCAAUGGCUGAGAACAUUCAACAUCAUUCCACAAAUUGUUAAGAAGACUGCAACCACCGCUGAUUACUCUGUGUUACAUGACGGUGGAAACAGAACAGACCUAAAGUGUUGUGCUGCAGCCUCUGAGAUCUCCAUGAAAGAUCUGGGCUGGGACAGCUGGGUGAUUUAUCCUUUGAGCCUGACCGUGGUUCAGUGCGCUCUGUGCAACCCUGCAGAUGGCACCGUGCAAUGUCCCGAAUCCUCCUCCAGGGUGCAGGAUGCCAGCUCACAGGACAAUUUGCCAUGUUGCCAGCCCGCCACACAGGAAACACAGAACCUGGCCUACAUGGAUGAAACCAGCACCAUCGUCCUCUCUUCAGUGGAACUGACCCGCAGCUGCGGCUGUGGACCAGGGAACGCCCAGCAGCCCGGCUCAGACUAGGCUGGGGUCCGUCCCACAGUCUCUGGCAUAAGAUCCGAGCCACCUGGCAUAUCCAAAAUAUCUUUGUACCCAGGCCUGUAGUGCUCUCUGUUUCUCUAUCACCAAUUGUUAUUCCGUGUACUCAGCUCUGAUCGUGGGAACCAAAGCAACAUCUCAAGUUUUGAAUUCCUGCUGCUCCCUCGUACCACAAACAGAUUUGUUGAGCCUGCAAGUCGUGAAAAUUGAUCUCUCCUUCUGCACACUAUGCAAAUGUGUUGCUUAAAAUAGAAAUCAGUAUACAAGAGAUCUGCAUUUUUAAAAAAAAUCUUAGAUUACUGAACAUAAAUAGCUGGAAAAGAACUUAGGUUCAGAGGACAUCUAUGUGGUUAAUGCUCUUGAGUACAGAUCAUUUAUAUGUAGCUGCUAAAAGUACUCAGUGUUCCUUUUAAAAAUGUGAGAGCGAGCCAUGCCAAAUACUAGACAGGCCAGUUUUUUUUUCUUCACUGACUUGUCAGGCCACCAUGUUCUCUUGGGAAAUGGGAAAUAUUUUAGUUUAUUUUCAGCAAGGUCAGAAAAAUAAGUGUGUAAAUCUCCUAAUGCUUCAUAUUCAUUUUGUUUUAAAGUCUUCAAGACCAUCCAAAAGCUCCCAAAUUUAAUCAUCUAUAAGAAACUUCAUGAAAGGAACGAGCUUUGGUCUUAAUGGGAAAAUUUUGGAAAUAAGAUAACUUGUCUCAUGUCAACAGCACACAGUAAUGUGGUAAAAAUGCAAUAAAAAAAUAGACAUUUUCAUUCCUUUACGACCAAAUCCAUUAGGAUCAGAGAUUGAAUAAAAGCACUAUCAGAAUGAAUCCUGAACAUGAUGUUUGUAUUUCUAGUUCAGCUGCAGCUUUAUCAAAUCUGACCAUAUAAACAACAACAAUAAAAUACAUUUAUCUUUGACAGUACUUGGUGACCUCAUCCAGGCAACCUGGCAACGCAGCGUUUCCAGGUCUAAACACCUCCCUGCUAAUCCAACAAACUUAAAUUCAGGACUGAUAAGAUGCUUUAACCAUUAUUGCCUGAGUUAGGAUUUGCUUUAAUGCAGUUUUUU